AUGAGGGCUUUUCUGAUUGCGCUGCUGACCGCGGUCCUGUGUGUUGAGCAAGGUUCUUCACUUUUUUGCUAUAUAUGUGAAAAUGAGCAUUCCAACUGGAAUUGUCUUAAAACAUACAAGUGUGAUGAGCAGGAUAAAUUCUGUAUAACAACAUACAGCUCUGCUGGAUUAGGUAAGGAUGCAGGAUAUCGCAUCACCAAGAAAUGCUCAGCAGAAUGCCCUGAGACAAACCUGAACUUCGGAGUGGCGGCCAUCUCCACCAAGUGCUGUGGUACCUCUCUGUGCAACUUCAGUGGAGCCAACAGUGUGAAGAUCAGCUACGUCGUGAUGCUCUUGGCAACAGUGGCCAGUUUCAUCUGUGCCAUCAGGGCAGGCUUGUGA